AGGACCCAGCGGGCUCCCGGCGCGCUUUUCCCAGGGAGCCGGCCGCGGCCGCCACUGCUGCUGCUGCUCCGGCUGCCCAUGCCCAUGUAUGUGCUGCGAGCUCUGGCUGGCCGGGGCCGGGCGCUGCGGGUGGCUGCUGCUGCUGCUGCGCGCCAUUAAUAGCCACGGCACAGGCCGCCGCCACGACCGGGCUUGUGCCAAGAAGGAGGCGGCAGCGGCGGCGGCGGCAGCGCCUGGCAGAGAGGAGCCAUGAGCUCGGCGAGGAGUUCCGAGUCUCCGGCGCUGGAGCGUUUCCAGAGCCCGGGCAAAGGCCGGGGGCUGCGGGCGCUUCGCCGCUUCGCCGUCGGGGAGCUGCUCUUCUCGUGCCCGGCCUACACGUGCGUGCUGACCGUCAACGAGAGGGGCAACCACUGCGAGUGCUGCUUCGCCAGGUACCGCCCGGCCGGCCUGCCCGGCCGCUGCCCUUCGGCGCUCGCCCGUCCCCUGCCGGCGGAAGGGAGGAGGCCGAGCCGGAGGCACGAGAAGCGAGGGGGCAGGCGCUCGCCUUGGCGGCGCCCGCGAAUUCCCCGCGGGUCCUAGCACCGGCGGCCCAGGGCGCGCUUCUCUGCGGAAGGGAAGGCCCUUCCCGGGCGGCUGCUGGCGGAGGCCGGGCGCGCGCGGGAGGAAGAGGGGCCGGGGCUCCUCCGGCUGGCCUGCCUGCUGCCUGGGCCCUCUCUCACAUCCAACAGCCUCCUGCCUCAGCCCCACAUGGGGCGCCCUCUCCCGCACCCCGAGACGUCAUUCUGACUGCUGCGUGGCUUUGCCGGUAGCCAGAGAGGCAGCAAACCCACAGGUGGAGAGGAGGAUCUCUUCUUCCUGUCUGGGAAACCCGCUGCACCUGUUGGAUUUCUGGCUGCCCUUCAGCUGUCUCCCAGGGGACUCGAAAGUGGGAUGGGGGGGGGAUUAGAGGAGGCUUUACACGUGUCCAGGAGGUGUCGAUGCUCAAUAGCUGGAUCCAGGGCUGAAAAUGACAAAGCUGUGAUUCAAAGGAAGCCAUGCUUAUCCUCAACUGUCCUUCAGAAAGAGCAUGCAUCCUUCUUUCUUUGUAGUUUGAGCCGUCAACUAAAAUUCGCAACAUCUCUGGACAGUAAAGGAGUAGAGAAAGGAUUAUCCAGCAGUAGAUCAUUUAAUCUGGUAAAGUUAGUUGAAUUAAGAUCUUUCCACACAUUUAGCCUGAGCUUAGUUAGAUUUAGGUAGGCCUAACUAAGCCCACUGAAAUCAAGCAAUUUAGGGACAUCUUGCUCUGUGUAUGUUCAGGUGGUUGAUUGCCUCUUAAAACCAAUUACGUUCCUUCUUGGCACUGUUAAACUGGCAUAAAAAGAUGUGGUCUCCUCCAGUGCGAUUUAUAAUUGGCAUGGAAUAUUGUGCAAGUUAUCUCUUCCUUGUUAAGAAAAGCAAAACUGAGGCUGAGUUCGUAUGGCCCGUGAAGGCUUGAGAUCUGUACAUGCUAUACCUUUAAAGCACAUUCGAAACACAUUUCUUUCCUCAAAAGAGUUCUGGGCACUGUAGUUCAUUAGAUGUUGCUGGGAAUUGUAACUGUGAGGGGCAAACUACAAUGCCCAGAAUUCUUUGAGAGAAAGAAUGCAUUUCAAAUGUGUUUUAAAAGAUAUAAUGUGUACACAGCCAUGGUUGUUUAGCUAAGCCAUGGUUUGUGUUACCUCUGAACCCAAGGUGCUAUUUGCGACUGACAUACCAGGAUCUGAAACUACAAUUUGGAAGCUUGUUUGCAGAUGAGCUUGUGCUAACUUUGGUUUGCGAUUAUGACUGAAUUCAUGGAAAAGUAGCAAACCAUUGGUCCACUUUAUGAAAUGGCAGUUGCAUCAUGGGAAUGAAGUUUUCUUUUCCUUGAGAGGCUAUCGCACCGUGGGUAUAGGAGUAAAUGUGGAGCUUUUGUAGCUGAGCGAGGAAGGAAAAAGACAGCGAAGAAACACCUCUAAACAUGAUUUGUCUGCUAUAUGUCUCAAAAGAUCAAACCAUGUUUUGGGUUCUUAUCUAUAGCUAGCACAAGCCAUGGUUUCACAUUACAUCUGAAUCCAGCCUGAGCCUGGCACAGCGGGCCCUGGAGGUGGCUGGUGUAUAGAAAGAAUAGGCAGUAAUCUUGGCAGGCAGAAAUACCGCAGUCAUCGCAUGCAAGCUUACAGCUGUCAUGGAAUCAUGUUGGAGUUUCAAGACCUACAGUUUCAAACAGGUGUAUCUCUAAGAGAGAUUGCUUGCAGAGGCCUCAGUAUAUUUCAUCAGAGUCCUUUGGGUUCUGAUAUGCUGUAGAGUCUCCUGCAAGCAUACUGUGGCACUGUAACUCUUCAAGAUUGUUUUACCCCAGGCACUUUAUAUUACAGUCGUAGUAAUAAUAAGAAUCCACAAACACCCAUGUAUGCAUUGCAGCAGGCGGACUAGAAGACCCUCGAGGUCCCUUCCAACUCUGCAAUUCUGUGAGUCUAUGGUUCAGUGUCCUGAGAAUCCCUAAUCAUUUAGUGUUAAAGGUAAUAUCAGAGUUGUGUUAUAAUGUCCACUUUAUAGAGGUCAGAAUUAGGAACAUCAUAUUUUGUUUUAGAGAGUCUGUUACUCAGGUCUUCUGAUGGGUCGUGUGGCUGUGUAAGCUCAAAUGGAAUACAGUUCUAUGCUCAGGCACUCUAAAUCUGGCACCAAGAAAACAGAUUCUGCCAUCUGUAUAAAUUAUUCAAAAAAGAGAGAGAAGAAAGCACAAUUCUGCCCUUUUUCAUAGAACUGUAGAGUUGCAAGGGCCAUCUAGUUCAACCCCCUGCAAUGCAGAACUCGAACCUAAGACUAAGAGUCUCAUGCUCUACCAACUGAGCUAUCCUAAAUUCACUCUUUUUUUGUUUUGUUACUUUGCAUAAAUCAUUCUGGUUUUGCCAAUCAUGGGGUGGAUGAAGACACGUGCCAGCUCCAAUUCAGCCACAUCUCUCGCUUCUCAGAUUUCAUCAGGGAUUGCUCACAUGCUUUCAAGAGCAACCGUGUCAUCAUAAGAGCUGCAAACUUGAUUCAUUUCAUAUACCAGCUUCAUGCCCUCCACCCAAAUCAUCGAAUCAUAGAGUUGGAAGGGACCCUGAGGAUCAUGUAGCCCAACCUCCUGCAAUGCAGGAAUAUGGAGCAAUUCAGGAGUUUGUAGCUGUCCCAUACCUAUUUAUCUAUCGGGGAAAAUCUUUAGCUUUCCUUCCAAACUGUGCUUAAGAGCUCCCUGAAUGAGGGUCCGUUAAUCCAGUCUCUUACAGCAUUAACAUGCUCCUAGGUGGAAUUCCCUGUGCCUAUGGUUUUGCUACUAUUGACAAAGGCUAUGCUAAUUGGAUGCAAUGUUUGUAAUAUUUGCCAUGGAAUGGUAUCAUGGCUGUUGUCAUAAAAUGGUAGAUUGAUAUUUAUGUUCUGCUUUGUAUUCUUAACUUCUGGAUUUCGGGAGUGAAGUGAAACUGAUUUGACCCUUUCCUUUCUUUCUGCCUGUCAAAAGUUUGAUAACUUUAACUAGUACAUUUUCUUUCUAUUGGAUAUCACAUAUCUUUUCCAUCUAGGGUAGCGGUUAAAUGGUAACAAAAUAUAUGACUUAAAACAAAUGUUGCUCCCAAUAAACAUGCAUCCUCUGGAGGAGUUAACUGUAUCAAAAGAUAAAUUAACACACAGUAUCCUCAAAAGUAUUUUGUUAAGCUAUUCUCAUGGGCCACAUAAUGUGAUAUUUUAUUAUACAGUAUCUUAUUUAUAAAAUACUUGAAAUGGCUUGGUGCUGUACCAAAAUAACACCAGUCCUGCCCUCAAUAUGAGAGUUUUGCAGACACACUAUAAAUAGAAAAAGAACUGCGGAGGAAAUAAAAUAAUAAAAUAUUCAUAUACUGUAUAAACUUGUUAUUUUGACCCCUAAACGCUUUAGGUAAAGGUAAAGGAACCCCUGAACAUUAGGUCCAGUUGUGACCGACUCUGGUCAGACCUCACCUGGAGUACUGUGUCCAGUUCUGGGCACCACAGUUCAAGAAGGACACUGACAAACUGGAACGUGUCCAGAGCAGGGCAACCAAAAUGGUCAAAGGCCUGGAAACGAUGCCUUAUGAGGAACGGCUAAGGGAACUGGGCAUGUUUAGCCUGGAGAAGAGGAGGUUACGGGGUGAUAUGAUAGCCAUGUUCAAAUAUAUAAAAGGAUGUCACAUAGAGGAGGGAGAAAGGUUGUUUUCUGCUGCUCCAGAGAAGCGGACACGGAGCAAUGGAUCCAAACUACAAGAAAGAAGAUUCCACCUAAACAUUAGGAAGAACUUCCUGACAGUAAGAGCUGUUUGACAGUGGAAUUUGCUGCCAAGGAGUGUGGUGGAGUCUCCUUCUUUGGAGGUCCUUAAGCAGAGGCUUGACAACCAUAUGUCAGGAGUGCUCUGAUGGUGUUUCCUGCUUGGCAGGGGGUUGGACUCGAUGGCCCUUGUGGUCUCUUCCAACUCUAUGAUUCUAUGAUUCUAUGACUCUGGGGUUGCGGCGCUCAUCUCGCUUUACUGGCCAAGGGAGCCGGCGUACAGCUUCCGGGUCAUGUGGCCAGCAUGACUAAGCCGCUUCUGGCAAACCAGAGCAGCGCACAGAAACGCCGUUUACCUUCCCACCAGACCUAUUUAUCUACUUGCACUUUGACGUGCUAACCUAAACACUUUAGGAGCAUUAUUAUUACCUACUUUAUCUGUAUAUGGAAUAGUUCAUGGUUCUUUCAUAUUACUAAUGGAGGCAACGUUGCAUAUAAUAUCAAAAUAUUGACGUGAGCCUCAGGCUUAUGUACUCGCCCCUUCCCCUCUCUUCCUCCAGUGCAACCAUGAAGAGGAGAUUGGAAACCUUCUGUUUUAGAUUAACUGUAGUUUAGUGCAUUGUCCAAACUCCUAACUGUGGAUGGCAGAAAUCUUAACUAUGGCUGGUAGGGUGGGGAACCUAGUUUAGUAGAUUAUGGCUUGAAGUUGUCUUUCCACUAACCAUUGUUAAGUUGAACCAGUGUUUGUGUUGAUUCUGAUGGCAUUACAAACCAUGGUUAGCCUAAAUUAGAAGUGAAAGUGCCUGAUCUUCCUGCAGCUGCAGUGGAGGUGGAGGUGCAUUUUGUUGUCCCAAGACUCACUAAUGUCCAAAAGGCUCUCCAGGCGAUUUACUUCUUCAUCAAAGAUGAGGUGCAUUUAGUACAUCAAAAACUAUUCCUUUGCUGCCGGAAGGGGUGGUGGUGGACUAGAUCCCUUAGGAUCCCUUAUUAUUCUUUGUUGGAUUGUAGCCAAAUAAGGUUUACUCAGAGUAGAGGCAUGUUAAUGAACCUAAGUUACUCAUGCCCAUUGUUUUCACUGGGUCUUUUCUGACUAGGACUAGUGUUGGCUGCAUUUUCUCGCUAUACAUAAUGUACAAAUUGCGAGGUAUUUGCUGGAGAAUUAUCAGUUUGACUCAUUAAGUCUAUAAGAACAUAUAUGCUUUAUUUAACUGCCAAUUUUCAAUGUAAGAGGUGGGGGCUUUGGCCUUAGAGCUCUUGACAAAAAGAACAUCAUGAGCUUUUCUCUCAUGCUGUAAUUAUUUGAUGGUUUUAAUAAUAAUGUAACAUAAAAAGAAAAGGUAAAGGGACCCUUGACCAUUAGGUCCAGUCGCGGACGACUCUGGGGUUGCGGCGCUCAUCUCGCUUUACUGGCCGAGGGAGCCAGCGUACAGUUUCCGGGUCAUGUGACCAGCAUGACUAAGCCGCUUCUGGCGAACCAGAGCAGCACAUGGAAACACUGUUUACCUUCCCGCCAGAGCGGUACCUAUUUAUCUACUUGCACCUUGUGCUUUCGAACUUCUAGGUUGACAGGAGCAGGGACUGAACAACAGGAGCUCACCCCGUCGUGGGGAUUCGAACCGCCGACCUUCUGAUCAGCAAGCCCUAGGCUCUGUGGUUUAACCCACAGCGCCACCCGCAUCCCUUAUAAUAAUUUCACACACCCCUCCCCAAAAAAACCAAGUAAUAUUGUUAGAAGGUUCCCCAAGAGGCAAGAGGUUCCAGGGCACAGUGCUUACCUGGGUUUGUCUUUCUUUGGAGAAGAGAACACUGGGGACUUCUGAUGGUUUUCUAACAUCUUCUAAUAAUUCGAAGAUCUAAUAAUUCUAUUACCAGCAUAAGGAAGUAGUAGAGCAUAGUUAGCUAGUAGAGCAUAGGCAGUAAUAUCCCUGAACAUCAAUUGCUGGCAAUCCCAAAUGGGGAGAGUGCUCUUCCUCCCAGGACUUUCUAUAGGCAUCUGGUUGGCCACCGCUAGAGCAAGCCUUUGGCCUGAUCCAACAGGCUCUUCUUGUGUUUACAAAAUGGCACACUCUCACCAGGCAUGAAAAUUAUCAUGUCUCAUUGGAUCCACUGUGUACCCCAAUAUUCUUUUCAGUCUUUAGCUAACUCUGCCUCCGUAUCUCUUUCUGCCUCCAAACUGCCCUUUAUUCAUAUGCACCUGGCUCACUCUCCUUGGCUGUUUGCCCCAAGCCUUCUUUUCUUUUUUCUUUUUUUAUUCCAUUGUAAUUAUGAUCCCCAGAACAACAGAAUUGCUACACACUUCCCCAAGAUGCUUUUCAGCCUUUAGUCUUCAUUUUCUUUAUUUGUUAACAAGAUAUAAAAAUGCCUCUAGGCAAUGUACAGAAAAACACACACCUUAAAAUCACCAGUAAAACCAGAUGUUAAAAACAAGUUGGCUUUAAAAAUUGCAAAAAUUGAAUCGUCGGUUUUAAAAUUUACAUUAUAUUAAAAUACAUGUCAUGGGUAGGCUUGCUGAAAGAGAAAGUAUGAUUAAGGUACCUGUCAAACCUUGAUGGCUUUGUCAUUCACAACUUUGCACCAGGACUAUUAAGAAAUGUUAUUAAUACAGUCAUACCUUGGAAGUCAAGUGGAAUCCAUUCUGGAAGUCCGUUAGACUUCCAAAACGUUUAAAAAUCAAAGCACGGUUUCUGAUUGGCUGCAGGAAGCUCCUGCAGCCAAUCAGUAGCCACUGAAGCCCCGUCGGACCUUCAGCUUCCAAAAAGAGUUUGCAAACCAGAACAGUCACUUUCAUGGUUGCAAUGUUCAGGAGCCAAAACGUUCAGGAACUAAGGUGUUCGAAAACCAAGGUACAACUGUACCCUACUGUGAAAUCCCAGACUGUGCUCAGACACUGCUUUCAAGGCGAACUCAUAGCGAUAGUCCAACCCGCAGUAGCCUAACAGCUGUCUUGCUACAAUAUCUUAAGUUUAAGUUGAGAUGCUUGUGGAGCACUGUUUCGUAAAUAUAUCUGGGAGGUUGCUUGGCUGUGACCAUAGGGAGAUCCCUAUGACGGCACUCAGGUGUAAUGUGUUGCAUUGCAGUAUAUAGCACAGUAGGUUUGCUGCAAUGCAGCGUGAUCUGGAACUAAGCUUGAGAACUUCCUCUUGCAGCCACUGUGUAGAGGUGUCCCAAAGGGAGAUGACGUUUAUAUAUUAAAAAAACAGCUUCACAGUUUAUCCAUUGUAUAGAAAACUGUGCUCAGAAAGAGGGCCGCUAAUUUAGUGCCUUGGUUGCAGAAAACUCAGCAUGUUAAAUAACUUUCUCUAGCAUUUACGGCUUCAGGGACUGGGGUUGUUACAAUUGUUUUCUUUUAUGUAAGCACGCCCCAGUGUUAAACAGACACAAAAAAAGGGAGCCUUUGAGCUUCUCCGCAAAUUAGCAGAUUAAACAAAGUAUAUUACUUUUAUUUGCCAAGAAGCAAAUUAUAUCAUCGUGCCUGUUAGAUUCAGACAUUUGCAGUGUGCACAAUGCAAUUAAAGUGAUAACUGUGAGCUCCAGGGAUAGCUCUUUCUUUUUAUAUGAUAGCUUGACAAACUCAUGCUCGAAGAGGAGAGGAAAAGGCUGGUGCACAGAACCACUUUUUCAUGUUUAGAAGUGAAUAUAAUUGAAUCCUCCCCCCUGGUUUACAGGAUAAUUCCUCUCUUCAGCCCACCCCCCAGUUUAAGAACAGUUAUAAGACGCCAUCUGAGAUCUUGCAUGAUAGCUCAGUUGGUAGAGCAUGAGACUCUUAGCCUCAGGGUCAUGGGUUCGAAUACCAUGUUGAGCAAAAGAUUCCUGCAUUGCAGGGGGUUGGACUAGAUGACCCUUGUGGUCCCUUUCAACUCUACAAUUCUAUGAUUCAGUGACCAUAUGGGUCCCAUGCCUAUUGACCAGGUCAGCUUCUGCAUGCUGGAAUGCUAAUGGCCAUAGUAUUUUUAUUAAAUGAUUGUCACCAGAGAGCCAUGACAAUUGUGUGCGUUGUCUCUUUUUAAGGAAAGAAGGCUUGUCCAGGUGUGGAAGAUGCAAGCAGGCUUUUUACUGCAACGUAGAAUGCCAGGUGAGUGUCACAGGAACCAUGAUGGGCAAAAAAGGGCAUUGCUUCUAUUUCAUUCCAAAUGUUUUCAUACCUUCCUUCAAUCUAAAAAAAAAUGUCCAGGGCAGUUUACAAUAGGUACCGUAUUUUUCGCUCUAUAAGACGCACCAGACCACAAGACGCACCUAGUUUUUGGAGGAGGAAAACAAGAAAAAAAAUAUUCUGAAUCUCAGAAGCCAGAACAGCAAGAGGGAUCGCAGCGCAGUGAAAGCAGCAAUCCCUCUUUCUGUUCUGGCUUCUGGGAUAGCUGCACAGCCUGCAUUCGCUCCAUAAGACACACACACAUUUCCCCUUACUUUUUAGGAGGGAAAAAGUGAGUCUUAUAGAGCAAAAAAUACGGUAAAUAGCAAGGAUUUAUGGAUUCAAAUGGGUUCUUAGCUGAGAGAGGAAAGGAGUUUGCUGCCGAGGGUCGGUGCCACUGUAGAAUCAUAGCCGUGGCCUGAAUAAUUCUAGGAAUUUUGAAAUUGCCAUAAUGAGUCACAGAGGAUCAUCUGUGCUGGGUCAUAGUAUCGCUGAACCAUUAGAUUAGUAGACUGCUACAUGGCCCUAAUUGCUUCAGAAGCUUCUGCCUGCUUUAAACAUACCAGAUGGCUUAACGUUAUUUCACUAAGCUGGUGAGGAAGCUUGUGCCUAGCUGAGCAAUCAGAAAUAAAGGCUGGAUUUAGCUUUUGCGGGGAAGGGAAAGAAUCUGUUUACAAAUGUACAGUCACCGCUGCUGCUAAUAAUAAUAAUAAUAGUGUGCUUAGAAACCAACUGUGCUUUCACUUGGUUAGUCAUAUGCAUUCAUUACAGGGGCAAAGGAAGCUGCAAGUAGACCCAUUUAGAGUAAUUAACAGUUAGUGGGGGUAAAACUUUAAUGCACAAAAGCAAAGGCCUCUAACCUUAUUAAGUGUUUCUUUCCCUUGCUACUCUGGCACUUACCCACCUGGGAUCAUUAAUAAAAACCCCAGGGUUGCAUUUGUCAUUUCUGAAGUGUGUUUGGUGUUCUAGUCCUCUGAGCUAAUUCAGGGGUGAGGACCUUUUUUUUCAGAUCGAGAGAUAUGCUUUCUAUGGAAACAUCUGGUGGGUAGGGAGGGCAUGCUAGCAGCGGGCAGGGCAAGAGGCAAAAGAGGUCCAAACAAUGGAUGUAAAUGCUACUUUUGCACAGUAAACCUCUUUGUCUACAUGCUCUCACACACCUCUACUCUCCAUCUAGGCAAGCAAGAGGCAUUAUCUCAGAUCAAGGACACAUUCAAGCCCAGCGAAAACACUUCAUUUUACUUUUUCUUGGUACGGUAGUCUAGGUUCUGUACACACCCCUCUCUAUCCUUCAUCCAGACAAGAAAGAGUGAUUCUCAAGCAUUCAAGGACACAUUCCAGGCGAAAACACUCCAGGCGGCUGUGAGGCAAGGCCGGCGAGGGGCGUGGCCAGGGGUAGAGGGCAUGGCUCAGGAGGGCGGAGUCCCAGGAGCCAGAUAAAGAUUCCUGCGGGGCCACAUUGGAGCUAAUCCACACAGCCAUUUUUGAGGUUAGAAACAUCACCGGGAUGUAAAUUGGUUGUUGGAAGGUGUCGCUAUAUGAAAAGGUUGCACAGGUUACUUGAUAGUGCUCUAUCUACCUCAGAAAGGGUUGUCAUGUGAACAGUUACUCAUAUUUUAUUUUUGCCAACUCCCCCCCCCCCCAUAUUAUGGCACCAAAUUGAAUAUUUAUGACUAAUACAGCAUUUUCAUCCUGUCUUUUUGGUGCAAAAAUGGCAGGUGGCGUCGUCUUUAAAAUUACCCAUUUGAAACAAAACAAAGAGCUGAAAUCAUACUCUGUGUUCAGAAUAUAUCACCCUCCCCCCUUUUUUUCUGCUGCUGUUUUCCCCACUGUAGAGACAUUGGCCUUGACAUACAUAUUUGCCCCUUUGCUUUCAAUGCAGGAAUAUGCAUUUUGACUGAUUUCACCAGCCUCUUCAUGGAUCAGGUGGGAACUGAAGCCAUAUUUCCAAGUCCUGCCACUAUGGUCAGAAUCAGCUAGUUUUAGCUAAGCAGGCAUGUUCCUCUCUCCUUAAUUGUGUGUGUGUGUGUGUGUGUGUGUGUGUGUGUGUGUGUCCCCUGAAUGUGCUGCCCAUCAUUUUCACUAGCUGAUCCAAAUAAUUAUUCCUUUUAAGAGAAUUGGAGGAGAAUGGGAGAGAGGAAGCUGAUACUCAGGAGUGGAGAAAAAACCUCAUAUCCACUGGCCAAAUGUGGCCCUCCAAGUCAUUCCUUCUGGCCCUCAGGACUUGCCCUAGCUAGGAAAUGUGUGGCUAUCCCCAAUGCCGUGAACUCCCAUCAGCUCCAGCCAACAUGGCCCAGUAGUCAGAGAUGAUGGGAGUUGGAGUUCUGGGCCAUGCAUUCCCAAACCCCAAGUUACAGACUGUCCUACGUUCCUGCGCUUGCCUGCUCAAGGUGAGUGCUUCCCACGGCGCCUGCAAGGCAGUUGUAACAAAGCAGCCUUCCAAGAAUGAAGGGUUUUUCUAUCAGGCCCUCUGGACAUUAAAAAGUUGCAGGAGAGUUGAGAUUUAUAUUCAGGUCUUAAGAUGUGCAAUUAUAUAAUGAUUUCAUAAAGCCCUUCCUUCGGGUCAUCAUGUGCGAUGUAAUGCUUUAUUCAAUAGGACUUCAAGAGACUUGAUCUUUAUAUUUUGAACAUACCAGUAUUGAUCGUGCCUUUUUCAUCACACUGUAUGAAAUGCUUACGGGUUUUUUUUUGCUCCUCACUUGGUAGAAUGCUUCUCUUCAGCAUUUGGGGGCUUCUUCCAAAGUACUGUAAGAACAUUGCCAACACCGAAUUCUUUUUCAAAGUUACCUUCAAGCAUUGUGUUCCUUAGAACCUAGUCUCUUCUGACUGUACGUGCUGCACAGACAAUCUGUAUCACAUUUUCAUCUUUAUCUUCUUCAAAGACUUUGGGUGGUGGUUUUUUUUUAAGGUUUUUUUUUUUAGUGGCUCAGCAAUUCUGUUUUGCAGCCGAGAAGGGCAUUGGGGCCUUGAUAUUGAACUUGUAGGACUCUGCUGUAUAGCAAAUGUUUCUCUUUCGUACCUCCAUGAAAAUGCAUGCUCUUUGCUUUGGUUUUCUUCACAUUACACAGUCAACCCUUACAUUUUCUCUAAACUAAAACAUCCCAAAUGCUGCAACUUUUCCCAUCCCCUUGAUCAUUUUGGUUGAGCUUUCUUUUCUUUCAUUUGCAUCGUGGUGGUCUUGAUAGGAGAACUAGCUUGAUAGCUAGUUGGUUCCAUUCUGCCUUUCACAACUGACGGAUCAAAGCUGGCUAACAACCCCAAUUGAAUUCAGAUAACAUGCACAGCUAUUUAUCUAAAAUAGUAACAAUAAAUUUUGGGUCAAAGGAGCAUUAGACCUAGUGCCGUCUUCUUUUUAUUCCACCUCAGAAACUGGCUGUUAACAGCACUGUAGAUAAGUACUUUGAGAGGGCAGCAUUUUACAAGUGUAGAUAUGAUGAACUAAGUCUUGGGGACACAGGCUGUUUUUUCCUACUAUAAAACACCUCUAUUCAAUUCUUAAUAAGUUGAGGUCAGCUAAUUAUAGUGGAUGCAGCCCUUUAUUUGUCUUUUUUCUCUUUCAAUGUUUGAAGAAGCUCUCAAAAGAAAAGAAAACAUAAUGGGAAAGGGGGUGGGAGGUUCCCCCCUUCUUUUCCAACCAUUUUGUGCUUCCACUAAUAUGCCUGUUAACUUCCUCAAGAGGCCACCUUGACAGAUAAUGUGGGUAGUUUUGGUUCUUUGUUUUUAAAGAGAAUCAAAAUAUUCAGAAGUGAUAAUAGAAGCAUUCAGUGAAUUUGUUUCCUGGCAUAGUCAUUUACUAAAAUGCUUGUGCCUUUGUGUGGCAAAUAAAAAGACCCCAGGGUAUGACUUACCUUUAAAAAAAUAUAUGCACAAGUAAAUAGGUAAAGGGACCCUUGACCAUUACCAGUAGGUCCAGUCGCGGACGACUGGGGUUGUGGCGCUCAUCUCACUUUACUGGCCAAGGGAGCCAGUGUACAGUUUCCGGGUCAUGUGACCAGCAUGACUAAGCCGCUUCUGGUGAACCAGAGCAGCACACGGAAACGCCGUUUACCUUCCCACCGGAGCGGUACCUAUUUAUCUACUUGCACUUUGUGCUUUCGAACUGCUAGGUUGGCAGGAGCAGGGACCGAGCAACAGGAGCUCACCCCGUCGCAGGUAUUCGAACCGCCGACCUUCUAAGGCAAGCCUUAGGCUCUGUGGUUUAACCCACAUGUAUUAAAUCCUCAUAAUAUUGAUAGACCCUGUAGGAAAGCUUUUAAAUGACAGGCCAAUCCUGUAGAUCAGGGAUGGCAAACCUAUAGAUGCUGUUGCGCCUCAACUCCCAUCAGCCUCAGCAAGCUUGGUAGGGAGGUUUAAAGCAGGUUUUCCAACUGUGCUAACUCCUUUUCAGACAUCCCCCCCCACACACACACAAAAAAGCUCCAAAUGAACACAAAGCCUGAUUAGCUGCUUGCUUCUACAGUGGUACUUCGGUUCUCGAACGUAAUACGUUCUGGAAGACUAUUUGGCUUCCAAAACAUUCGAAAACCGAGGCGCAAAGGGCAGCCUGCAGUUUCAAUGGAGAAAACUGGAAAAAAACCACAGCAGAAUCCAUUCGACUUCCCAUGCACAUUCGAAAAUGGAAGCAUUUACUUCCGGGUUUUCGGCUUCCGAAAACCGCAAUAUUUGGCUUCCAAGAUGCUUGAGAACUGAGGUACCACUGUAUUAGUGAUGGUUUCUGCAUAGCAGUGAGCAGUUCUUACCUACUAUACACAGAUAAUUCACUUAUGAAUCUGCCUUAGGCAUGCACACGCACACGCACUCAGAGUACUUUAAGUGUAUUUGCAAGGAUGUGACAAAGCAUUACCUGCCCGGAGAUGACGGUGAAGAAAAGGAGGUUCUGCUCAAAAAGGUGGCUUGUUUAAAUAUGGUUUGGGCAGUUUAAGUAUUGAAGCAGAGCACAUUAUAUAAUUUGUGUGCAUGGUGUUCCUCAGGUAUCUGAUCUACCUCCCCUAUUUUCCAAUGGCACAUUUUUCAACUGCGCAGUUUCCCCUCAACACUACAUUUUGCAUCCAGUUGCGUAAAAAACCUUGCCAGCAAGCAUGGCUGAGGGCCAAGGAUGAUGGGAGUUGUAGUUCAGCAGUGUUGCACGGCCCCAGAUUCCCCACCCCUGCUGUAGGUUCAGUUGUGGUGAAUAAGUAAGGGCGCAUUCAGAUGUGGGGAAUCUUGCACUGGUUUUCCCAACUGUAAUACUGGUUCUCUGGUUCCUUUUCUGGGUGUUCCUUUCAUGCUGUCGAACCAGCUGUGUUAUGUGGCUUUUUGACUGAUUUGCUAAAUUUCAUCCACACCAGUGAGUGUGAUGUGUCACAACAGCGAAUAGACAGCGUCACUACUCCCCCACUCUUUCCGCACAUCUGUGCUUCUGUUCCCUUAUGAGUCACCCAUGAAAAUGGCAAAAAAAGAACUGUAUGCUGGUAUACAGCCCCAAAUUUACUCCCGUGAGUUUUCCAGGUUAAGGGGACAGCAAACUGGGUUUUUUCUGGACUCAAAUAACACAGGAAUGAGCGCUGAACAUGCAUUAUAUUCCAUUGGUUUUCUGUGUCAUGUGAAAGCUCAUGUGGAAACCAACUCUUAGGGAAACUUGGCGGGGGGGGGAUGGAAUAAUACAGUGUGAACAAACCUUUCAGAAAGGUGAGAAUCACACUUUUCUGUAUACGUGGCAUUCUUCUUAUCCUCAGGGCUGCAAAGCUAGGUUGCCAACCUAAUUUUGAAGAACUAAACAGACAGAAAUAAGGAGAAUGGUAAUCAGAAAUGUAAAUUCACCUUCCCUCCCCUGGGCCACAAUUCUGCUUUUUAUAUAAUGUCAAGGGUUGAUUGAGUCUAAUUUUCACACUUGAGAGCACCAGUUUUAUGAAUAGUGUCCUUGGCUCUGUUACGUGGAAUCAAGGAUGUUAGGCUCUCCAAAUGUGUUUUGGCAUCAGUCCAAUUUGUGAAAAGAACAAUACGAAAAUUACAUGAGUUAUUUAUUUAUUUAUUUAUUUUUUAAAGUGAGAAUUUCACACGUUCUUUCUAGAAAUCUUCCCCUUUCCCUUUGACCUUUUCCCCUUGACUUACUACCUCCAUGUAGACAUGUCUAGAACACAUAGGCUAGCUUUGAGGCCAUCUGUGGGAGAUUCCCCGCCUCAGCCCCACAGAUUCAUUCAAAGUAUUGGCUUCCGGGGACUUUUGUUAUUGUAUUAGAAUCCUAUAGGCUUCUGGCACAUCCGUAGCUGAUGGAAGCCAUUUUGAAGAGCCCAGUGGAGGUAGCUCAUGCUUCCGCUUUGAUUUUUAUAAAAGCGGGUGCCCUAGCAAACUUGCUUUUCCAGACAUUUUCUCAUUCUGUCCUUAAAUCAGAGAGAAAUAUUGUCUGCAUAGUCCCUCCCCACCCCCUUGAACCUACAGUGUCGUUAAUACAGCACUGGGGAGUUGGCUAGAACAAUGCUGCCCGCUACCAGUCAAACGGCUUAGAAAAAUUGUGGAAAAGAAUGUUAAACGUGGUCCUGCUGUGAUCACUAAAAAGGCCGCUGUCACAGUGUUUCCAUGCCAGGUAUUACUCAGACACUGCUCCCCUCUUCUGCAAUAUUCCUGGCUUUUAUCUUGUUUUGCACAAUUCAGCCAUAUCUUGUCCCUUUAACCACCUUACUAGUUCACAUAACUCAGUCGGAUUCUGCCUGAGGAAAAAUUUUAAUUAACUAUGCUUAAAGAAUCAAAGGGUCAGGACGGAACAUUGGAAGGACAUAUUGGCAUUGUCAAUUUUGUAUCUUCCUUAACAUUUCUUUCUUUUUCUUUUUCUUUUUUUGGCGGUACAAACCCAAGUGCGGAAUGUGGUAUUCUACCCCUUGUGUACCAAAAAGUUAAUUGUUUAGUGAAGAAUCUAAGCUGCUACUUGACAACUUCCUUUCUGGUCAAGUGUCAGAUAUUGUGACCAUGAAAUAAAGCCCUUUUCAGUCACACACACACACAGCUUUAUUAUGAUUGCUAAUUUGGCAAAUAUAAGUGGAGAUUUCUGGGAAACAUUUCCCACACAAUCAGGUUUCUGAAUGGUCACCAUCCAUUUGCUGGUGGGAAACUGAUUGCUGGACUUCACGUAGGCCUUUGGCCUAGUCCAAAAAGGCUCUUCUUUGGCUCUUAUGCUUAUUUCUUGACAACUCUUGGUACUUCCAAAAUUUGCCCAUUUAAUUUUUGUGUUUGUUAUGUCCAUAAUACUCUAGGUAUAAAGAACUUAAUCCAGUGACUUCAACCAAGUCAUUGUCAUUAGAUAGCUCAGUUUGACUGUUGUGGCCUCCCCAAUAGAUACAUGUGCUUAGAUAGCAUUUAUUUCAGAAGGACAAGCUCUUAGGAAGCUGCCUUAUAUUGUGCCAGGCCAUUGAUCCAUGCUUGUCAAUAUUGUCUACACUGGGUUGCAGUAGUACUUUAGGGUUUCAGACAGGGGUAUUUCCCAGCCCUGCCUGGAGAUGCCAGGAUUGAACCUGACACCUUUGAAUGCAGAGUAUUUGCCCUGUAUUUGAACUGCAGCAUCUCCCCAUUCCCAGGUCCUUGACUAAGGGAUGAGCUGCAGCUGCAGGACAAUUGCGUUUGUUUUGCAUUCUCAUUCAGAAGAAAAAUGCUAGGUCAUCUAUAGGUCUCAUUGAGUAUUUUGUCAGGAGUAUCUAUCCUUGGAGAGUUGGUUAGUGGGUGGGUCAUGAAAUGGAAGCAGAGGCUGUGGAGGAUGCAGGGGGGGGAGAGGACAAGCAGAGAGUAUGUCGAGAGUCCUCUGCACUUUGGCAAGAGAUGGGAAUGUGGGGAGGCUGAACGGUUUGAGUGGGUAGUGAAUCUGACUUGCCCAGGCUCCAGGCCAGCUGGCAGCCAAAUCCACAACACUGCUCUCGAUCUGUGACCUUGUAACUAGUAGUGAUGGCCACCAACUUAGAUGAUUUUAAAAGAGGAUUGGUCUGAUUCAUGAAGGAUAAAGCUAUCAACAGCAACCAGACAUGAUGGCCAUGUUCAGGGUAUGCCUCUGAAUACCAGUCGCUGGGAAUCACAGGCAGGGAGAGCACUCUUGCUUCCAUGUCCUGCUUGAAGACUUCUCAUAAGUCUCUAGUCAGCUACUGGGAGAGCAUGGUGCUGGAAUUGAUGGGCCUUAGGCCUGAUCUGGUAAGGCUUUUCCUGCGUUCUUAACUAGUCUAGGGUGUGACUUUUAUAAUACAUCGUUUUGGAGCAUGUUAAAAACAACCUCAUGAAAUAGCUCUUUUAUCUUCCGAUUGGUUCCAUCCUUAGCUGACUUUAGCAAGUGUCCUAGAGGAAACACAUUUCACUUGACCUUCAGGCCCAGGUGGGGCGCAGGGCAUCCUCUUCUCAUUUGCAAAGCACAAAUUGCAAUGUUGAUUUUGUUUUUUAAAAAAUGCCUGUUUAAUCUUCCAGAAGCAGGACUGGCCCCUGCACAAGCUGGAAUGCUCAGCCAUGUGUGUGUUUGGGCAGAACUGGAAUCCCUCAGAGACUGUGAGACUCACUGCAAGGAUUAUUGCCAAACAGGUGAGCAGGACCCAAAGACUUCGGCCAGAUUUCUGUUUUGUUUUGUUUGGAGAUGGAAAGAGCCAGGGAAGUGACUGUGUGCUCCAGUAGCCUCCGGUGCAAAGUCGCUUCACAACAUCUUGUUUGUGUAUACGCCGGCGGUUGCUCCUAACAUGAGUAGUUGAAGCAUCUGCAGUGUUUGUGCUUAAGAACCUCUUGAAGUACUGUGCUCUUGAACCCUUUCCAUCUAUUAAGUCACCUCCCUCGUUCUUCAUUGAAUUUCUCCGUCAAACACGCUUUGCGCAAAGUCUUUGGAAAGCAAAGCCUUACAAAUGUAAUAGCACCUUUUAUUCCCAAUGUCCUCGGGCACAAGACUUGACUGCAAGGAGUUCACACAGUGUUUUCGCAUUGCAUAACGUUGAUGUGAAGCUCAAUGAAACAGGGUUUAUUAGGGGAACUGCACAAACCUCUGUUUCAGAUGCUCAUUAUGGCCGUGUUGCCGUGAAUUCCAAAUUCUUCUGUCUGUUUUGGCCAGAUUAUCCACAGUCCAGCUGUCUGGAGGCUGUUGGUUCCUUCACAUAUGACAUUACAUACACAUGGGCUUCUUGGCAGCUUGACCAGGGACAGUCCUGUUCCCCAGGCUGAAGAAUCAACCAGAUGCUCCUCUCACUAGGAAAUGAAGCCUCUGUGGCAAUAUGUCCUUCCCAAAUGGAAAGGCCACCUUUCAGGGAAGAACGGACCACUUGUACUUAAAAACAGGGAAGGAUGCAGAGGAACUGCAAUACCUUAAAGACCGCCUCUCCCCAUAUAAACCAACCCGGACUCUGUGAUCCUACUCUAAAUCCCUUCUUUGUGUGCCUCUUCCACAAGAGGUCGGGGGGGGGGCAGCAGCACAAGAACAGGCCUUUUCUGCAGUGGCUCCUCAUUUGUGGAAUGUUCUUCCCAGGGAGCUCCGUCUGAUGCCUUCAUUAUACAUCUUUAGGUGCCUCAAAAUGUCCCUCUUCUCCCAGUCCCUUGGCUGAUGAAUAUUCUACAGCCUUUUAACUGUGUUGGGGGUGGGUAUUCAUCUUCUUUUUAAACUAUUUAUUUUGUGCUGUUAUCUUGUGAACUGCCCUGAAGUAGAACCAGAAUCUUUGGACAUAUAUAAAUUUAAUAAUUAAUAGAUAAAAUUCAUAGAAUUACAGUGUUGGAAGGGAUCUUUGAAGGCCAUCUAUGUGAACUCAGUGCUCCAUGUCGGAUCUGCAAUCAACUGCAGCAUCGCUGGCAGACUUUCCGUUCCAGAGUAGUUUAAUAAUCAAUAUAUUUUCCCAAGGAACUCUGGGAGUUGUAGUUCGUGGGAAACAGGGGUCUCCUAACGGCUCUCAGCAUCCUUAACAAAGUACAGUUCCCAGGAUCCUCUGGGGGGAGUCGUGGCUGCUAAAGUGUGGCAUAGUAGUGCUUUAAAUGUUCAGUAUGGAUGUGGCCCAGGUCUCCAUAAGUAGGAAGCCCUCUAAGCUGGCGGGAAAUCUGACCCUAUUUAUGGAGGCUCCUCCCAAGGCAAAAUGUGGUUUUCUGAAGCAUGUUCUCUCUCACUCAUAGAGUGUUCGCAGGGAAACAAAGUGGGACCAGUAAGUUUCAAGGUCACAGCUUUGUAUGUUAUCAUAACGCUCCCAACUUCUCUCCCCCUCUGUAAUAAUGAUUAAAAAAAAUCAAACCUCCUAAACAAUGGCCUUUGAAGAAAUUCUGUACAUUUUGAGAACUGCUUCUGUGAUAAGGGUGACCCAGAUGCAGUGGGGAGAGAGGACUCUGAAGGCAUGCUGGGAUGGUAGCUUGCCUGAUUCCCCCUGUGCUUCUUUCCUUUCCUUUCUUUUUAAAUUUUUUUUUAAACACACUCUAGUGGUGAUCCACAAACAAAAUUAGAUGUUUAAUGAUGAAAAGUCAUUGGAAUAAAUUUGUGCUUUUAUAGCUUGCAGGGAAGUGGGAGGGAGCCCUACAUGCCAUAUGAAAGCUAAAUAUGCAAACCAUAGUCCCUGAACCUCAGCUGCUGGGCCACCUGCAAACCCAUAUUUAAUGGCCAAGAUUACAAAGAAGUGGCCUUAGGCCAACGCUGGAGUGUUGCUUUUGAACUCUGUCAACAUUGAGAUUAUUCACUUUCCUCAAAGCAAAGUCUGCCUUCUAAUAGCUUGCUGCUGUUAGUUGCUUUCUGCAAAUCUGCAGCUAAAAGAAAUUACGAUUUUCGUUUAAAAAUAAUAAUUAAGAAAUACUUGUUCUGGCAUUUUCACAGGAGUUUUGGGACAUAGUGGCCUAGGGUGUCAGCUCUGGUGCAGUCUGCACUCUGGUGCAGUUUGUUGACUCAUCUGGGCAGUGUGUGUGUAUGUGUGUUAGAAAGGACAGUUGUGAAUAAGCUGAUGGAAUGUGUGUGGGAUUUUUUGAAAAUGUCACUUUUCUUUUCUUCAUUACUAGAAAACACACCCUGGAAGGACUGAGUCAGAAAAGCUCCUUUCUAUAACAGAGUUUGAAUCCCGUAAGUAUAGAAAAAUGGAAGACUCCAAGGGUUAUUCCAUAGGGGGUUCAGAAAGUGUUUUGUAGCUGUUCAACAAAACCUGUCUGUUUUUACAUGUCUCUCUCUCGCUCUCUCUUCCUGUAGUAUUGAGAAUGAUAUUUAUUCGUCGCUCUUUAGAAAAAGUCUCAAAGUGACUAACAGUACAUCAAAAAUACAAUGCAAUAGGCAAAAACAGUAAAAAAACAGACACAAUACAGUACCAAAAGGUUACAUUAUCACUUCUGUUAUGAAUUAUCAUUGUUUAUCUUGAAUACAGUGAGUUUUCGUGGAAAAGUCACAGGCUAUUUAUAACCUCUUUGGCCUUGCUGUUUGCAUUUUGCCUCUAUAGCUUUGCACAUACUAAUCAUAGUACAAUACACAAACAUUUUAUGCACGUGCCUUUCUAUAUCUACCUCAACAAGGUGUCCCAUUCUCCUCUCCCCCCACCCUGCUGCCACCACCAAUGAUUCUAUUGUUCCCCUUAACUUGGGAUAAAAGUGAAUUGAAAUUCUGGUCCAUUGAUUACCCUUCUGUCUUGUCAAAACAGCCUUCCUGGCAACUCGGGUGACUUUGGUGGAUUGUAAUGUGAAAUUUUAAAACAGCCAGCAUUGUUACCAGGGGGCAUCUAGGCAGUGAUGGAACAGUUGCUUGAUAGUGACAGUGUCUUUGGGGCUAAUUGCAGAGCCCUCCAGUGUUGAGUUGCAUAUCUGUCACUGCCAGUCAAAUCUGACAUGUCCUCCACAGUUGCCGCAUCCCAAAUGCUCCUAAAGGUGAUCUAAGGAGGAGUGAAGGCCUGUGUGUGUGUGUGUGUGUGUGUGUGUGUGUGUGUGUGAACUUAUUUCCCCAGCUCAAGGCAGAGCUCAAAACUGAGCCGCUAUUAAGAAGGCUAAGCAAACUGGAAUUGCCUGCCAAGCAUUCGUAGUGUUGCUCUCUUCCUUGGUGCUGCCAAUAAGGGGAACAAGUGAGCACAACCAUGCACAUAUUAGAGAACUAUAAUGUCUUAGAUUUGCCUCCUGCUCAGUCGGAACACCUUGAGAUGCAGUCAUGAAAUGCAGCUAUCUCUAGGAAUAAAUGUACAACUUUUGUGCAUUUGACAAGAAUACCACUUCAUUCUAUUUCUUGUAUUUUUAAGAAGACCAUUUAAAAAAAACCCACCAACCUUCUGUCUUUAGCCUAUUAGGUUGUUUAAUGUGUUGCUUUUUUAGGCAUUGAGCAGAAGUGGGCUGCAAGAUCACAUUUUUAUACUGUAUGUGGGGGGGGGGAGGAGUUUGGAUUUGAUAUCCUGCUUUAUCACUACCCAAAGGAGUCUCAAAGCGGCUAACAUUCUCCUUUCCCUUCCUCCCCCACAACAAACACUCUGUGAGGUGAGUGGGGCUGAGAGACUUCAGAGAAGUGUGACUGGCCCAAAGUCACCCAGCAGCUGCAUGUGGAGGAGUGGGGAAGCGAACCCGGUUCACCAGAUUACGAGUCUACCGCUCUUAACCACUACACCACACUGGAUCUUCUCCUCCCCUCCCCCGCCCCACCUCCCGCUCACACACACACACUCACUCUAGGAUCUCUAUCAUUUACUGAAGUCUGGCGUGGCAUUUAUCAAUAUUUUAUUUUCGAUUGAUUGUUUUUUAACCAGAGUAAAAACCCAGUUUUGAUGUCCCUUCCCACACAGGGAGGCCUUUCAUUAGGUGUCAUUUAAUUCAGUGGUUCAGUGGCUUACUUGAGCAUUCGUUAGUAGUGCAUUGACAAAUACACAAAAAGAUUACACAGUGCGUUUCAUAAGCCAAUAUUAUUCCCAGCUAAUAUAUGGGUAGAAAUGUGCCAGCUGUUAGAUGCUUCCUGGCAUUGUUCCCUUCCACAAGGCCUACAAGGAGGAAAAUGAUACUCCCUGCAGUUCAAAGAAGAGUUCUUGUGACUGAUUCUCUUUUCUUCGAAGGCGUCCUGUCUUGAAGCGGACUUCGCUGCACUUCACUGCAAGUAAAUUGGUCUUUGUAUUGAAAAGGGAUUUCUUUUCCUUUGCAGAUCUCGAUAAGCUCGACAAUGAAAAGAGAGAGUUGAUUCAGAAUGACAUCUCGGCUCUCCAUCACUUUUAUUCAAAGCAUAUAGAAUACCCUGACAAUGCAGCUCUUGUGGUCCUUUUUGGUCAAGUAAGAUGGGUUUUAAAAAGGGGGUAGGGGGUUAGGCUGGAUCCAAAUGGCACCUUUGGGGUCAUAUGAUCUUGCACUGAACCAGAAAUACAGGAAGUAAGGUUGAAAAAGAAGCUUAGAGUUGUGUGCAAUUUUGUGUGAUAAAUCCCACAUUUUGGGCCCUGCCAGCCCCACAAAACUCUGUCGGAUGGGGCAGGAGGAAUGGUCUUUGCUUCAAAAUGAUUUAAGGGUGUUGCAUGCACUGAAUUGAAUCAUCCCCAAAAACCCUCUAUUGGAAGCCUCCUAGUGAUUCUGGAAACCAAAGCCUUGGCAAAUAAUUUUAUGCAUGUUUGCAUAUUACAUUUCUUCAGUAUUUGUCCCAAAAAUGUAAAGUCUGGAAGUGAUCUAUGCAAUUCUCAUUUUUUCCCCUUUUGAUAUAGUCUAGUACUCAGUCCCGUUUUCUUUAGCUUUUACCCUUUUAAUUUAUUGUUGACUUGCUUUAAAAAAGAAACAAUAAUAUGUAUCAUAGAGUAGAUAUACAAAAUGCAGACCAAUACAUAAACAUACUGAGCACAUAUUGUAAACAUAAACACUAUAUAUUAGGAAAUGAUUUUUUUACAAACAUCGAGAUAGUAAUGUUUGAUGUCAGUACAUGACAUGAAUGCUGUUGUAUACACAUUUUAAAAGAUGCUGCUGUCUAAAUGAUGUAAUGGAAGGUACGGCUUGGAACUGAAUGUCAUUUUGAGACUGAGAAUAACACACUCAGCUGCCUUUUCGCCCCACCUGGUUCCAGGAUGCUGACACACUCUGUUGCGGCUCAGCCCGGCUGCCGCAUCCUUAAUCUUCCACUAUAAAACUAAAUUGCAGGCAAACUCUGACCUCCCUUCUUGUAAAGCUAGUCGCUCAGCAGCAAGACUUGAUUAAGAAUAAGCAGCAUUCUAAUCAGAUUAAUCAGGAUGGUGCAGACAAAUAUGGUCACUUAGGCAUGCAAUGCUCAACAAGCCAGCAGGUUUUUAAUUUCUCUCCGUCUUUCCCUUUCUCUCAGGUGAACUGUAACGGCUUCACAAUUGAAGAUGAAGAACUUUCACACUUGGGAUCAGCGAUAUUCCCUGAGUAAGUGUUUUAGAUGCAGUAUCUCCCCCAGGGGGAAAACACACACACACACAAUUUCUUAGAUCUAUCAAUUAGUUUCCAACAACAACAACAAAAUCCCCCAAUGCUGUAAGUUAUUUGCAAAGCUGAGCAAGGCAUUCCUUUCUCAGCUCUUGGAGUCCUGCACGCAGCUCCCUUCCUCUUCGUGUUCAACAUCUGUGCCUGUCUUAUGAACUAGGUCCUCACCGUAUACCAGGUCUGAGUGGUCCAGGAUCUCAAAGGGCCAAUACUUGGGCCAAUACGGUAAUUGUCUUGAAACUGUUGAGAUUUUAAGGUGCUUUGCUGUGGCUAUGCUGCAAGCAGCUGUUUCCUAGGACUUCACUUGUGGAGGUAAAUUCUAUAAGCUGAUAAGACAUUUUGUUGUCUUUGAGAUUCCUUCAUGAACUCGCAACUUUGCCCUGAUCGUACAGUUGUAAUAAUAAACUUCAUAAAGAGACUUUUGAGCUGCUCUGCACAUAACGUUAAAUCAAAUACAGGCUUGCUGCAAACGCACAGGUUUCCAAAGAGGCCUUUGCGGCUGCUGAGCUACUGCUCUGGUCCUGCUGCUGUUGCACUGCUGUGAGCUAAGUCAUGGUUUGCCUUAGUGAGCCAUCCAAACCCAAGCUCAUGGUUUGUUUCACUCCAAGCAAACCAUGGGCUUUAACCAAUGUUUGUCUGGAGGAGACGAGCCUCCACAAUGUUAAGCCAAACUAUGGCUUGCUUUCCAUGAGUGUAAUAGCAGGAGGACUAUGGGGAGGACUGCAGGUGCGAUCCAUUCCCCAGGAGCCCUCACACUUGCACAUCUGUGCUGAGCCAUGUCCAAACCAGCCCAUUCAACACAGGUAACUGCCGCAAGUCCUGCAGUUCAUAGUGCUCUUCCUUUAAUAUUGCUGCUCAUGGAACAAAUGGGUGCCCCCUUUUUUUUUGUCAGUGUGGCGCUCAUGAACCACAGUUGUUGCCCCAACGUGAUUGUCACCUACAAAGGGACCGUGGCUGAAGUCAGAGCUGUGCAGGAGAUAGAAGCUGGCGAUGAGGUAACUGUGCAGUGAAUGCCUGCUUUCAAGGGAUGGGGAGGGACUGGUUUGUAAAACACAGGGCCUGCCAUGCACCUGCGGUGUGUCUUUCCAUCUGUGUGGUAAACUCAUCCUCCACACCCCAUUUGAGGAUUCUCCCCUUCAUUUCCAAAUCCAGUUACGACGAUGUGGUCUUUAAACUGUGAGAGCCAGCACCUCCCCUCUCGAAAUGGUGACUUCUUUCUCUGACAGAAACCACACCUGACAUUUAAAGGAGGUCUUCUGUCCAAAAUGGCAGCUCCCUAAUGAGGUCUCCCUCACCUCUCCCCACAAGUAUUAGCCAGACUUAACCCAUGUUCCUUAAGCAUGUUGUUUAACCAUGUUGUCCUCCUCUCUGUGAGGAAUGGGGAUUGGAUGUAAAAUACAGUGGUACCUCGGGUUAAGUACUUAAUUUGUUCCGGAGGUCCGUUCUUAACCUGAAACUGUUCUUAACCUGAAGCACCACUUUAGCUAAUGGGGCCUCCUGCUGCUGCCGCGUCGCCGGAGCACGAUUUCUGUUCUUAUCCUGAAGCAAAAUCCUUAACCUGAAGCACUAUUUCUGGGUUAGCGGAGUCUGUAACUUGAAGUGUAUGUAACCUGAAGCGUUUGUAACCCGAAGUACCACUGUAGGACGGUGCAAAAGGUUAAAGGCAUGCUGUUUUUCAGCAACAGAAUCACGGGUAUUUCCCCCCCUUGAACUCAGAUUUGAAGAGGUCACUUAAAUAGGCCAAGGGUAGCUUGUCCUCCUGCUUAUUUAACUUAUAUGCAGAAUUCAUCAUGCGAAAGGCUGGGCUGGAUGAAUCCCAAGCCGGAAUUAAGAUCGCCGGAAGAAAUAUCAACAACCUCAGAUAUGCAGAUGACACAACCUUGAUGGCAGAAAGUGAGGAGGAAUUAAAGAACCUUUUAAUGAGGGUGAAAGAGGAGAGCGCAAAAUAUGGUCUGAAGCUCAACAUCAAAAAAACUAAGAUCAUGGCCACUGUGGUCCCAUCACCUCCUGGCAAAUAGAAGGGGAAGAAAUGGAGGCAGUGAGAGAUUUUACUUUUUUGGGCUCCAUGAUCACUGCAGAUGGUGACAGCAGUCACGAAAUUAAAAGACGCCUGCUCCUUGGGAGAAAGGCGAUGGCAAACCUAGACAGGAUCAUUAAAAGCAGAGACAUCACCUUACCAACAAAGGUCCGUGUAGUUAAAGCCAUGGUUUUCCCAGUAGUGAUGUAUGGAAGUGAGAGCUGGACCAUAAAGAAGGCUGAUCGCCGAAGAAUUGAUACUUUUGAAUUAUGGUGCUGGAGGAGACUCUUGAGAGUCCCAUGGACUGCAAGGAGAUCAAACGUAUCCAUUCUUAAGGAAAUCAGCCCUGAGUGCUCACUGGAAGGACAGAUCGUGAAGCUGAGGCUCCAAUACUUUGGCCACGUCAUGAGAAGAGAAGACUCCCUGGAAAAGACCCUGAUGCUGGGAAAGAUGGAGGGCACAAGGAGAAGGGGACGACAGAGGACGAGAUGGUUGGACAGUGUUCUCGAAGCUACAAACAUGAGUCUGACCAAACUGCGGGAGGUAGUGGAAGAUAGGAGUGCCUGGAGUGCUCUGGUCCAUGGGGUCACGAAGAGUCGGUCACGACUAAACAACAACAGCUUCAGAUACUGCCUGCAACAUGUCAGGCCGGCCUGUUUCAUAACCUAACCCACUCCAUUAGUCCACCACAUGACUACCACUCCCUUCCCCACAGAUCCAUGCUCACCUGACGUUCCCAUGAGGGGCGAGGACAUCGUUUACUUUUGCUGCAUUCCAGAAAUCCCAGUUGUGGGGUUAUUCAGGAAAAUAUUUACGUGUUCCCUUUGAAUGCCUUAUACUUAUUCAUUUAUGUAAAAUAAAGAUGAUUAAACGGAAUAACAGCAGUGCCAACAGAAAGAGUGUGUGUUAACAAGUUGGUAGAAUAUUCCUAAUCAAGGGACUAUUGAACUCCUGGAAAAGGUUCUCUGCCAUUCAAUUAGCGCAGAAGCGCAACAGAUUUGUCCUCUGUGGCGUGGCCUGUGCCUCCACCUUCUGGCUCAAUGUGGGUACUGCAUGGGAAACCUGUCAAGAUUUCUGUGUGUCUGCGUGUGUGUUUAGAUUGGCUCCCAUUUUUUCUGCCUGGAGAAAAGCAAUUGAGAUGCACUCACUGUAGGAUAAAAACAAGCAACUGCAAACUAAAAUCAACUUGCCCUGGGCAUGUUGAGAGAAGGUGAAGGACACACAUGCACAGAAACAAGAGCAGGCUCGAUGGAAAACCAUGCGUUGGCGCUGGAGCAGAUAUAUGUUUGGUUUUCCUUGUAGCCUUCUAAUUUUAUUAUAUUUUGGGUGAGAAAUUUUAAGAUCAGCAUUUGAAACUUACUGUCUUAUUUUAUAACCGGAAGAAAAUUAUUUGAGUUUGCGUGUAUUUGUGUAUUUGGAGUUCUGUUUUCUGCUUCUGCUUUUGCUUCUUCUUCUGAGCAGAUAAGAUACUUUGCUAGCCAAAGCAAACUGAGUGGCUGUUUACUUUUUUGCAUCCACAAAGAGGCUUAGAAUAAAUGUGUCUGCCUAUAUGCCCUUCUGUGUUCAGACUUGCAGCAAAAUUCAAAAUCCAACAAAAACAAAUCUCAAGAUUCCGGCCAUGAUAUAGAACCCUGAGGUCAUCUAGUCCAACCCCCUGCAGUGCAGGAAUCUCAACUAAAGCAUCCAUGGCAGAUGGCCAGCCAACCUCUGCUUAAAGUACACCAUCUUCCAAAGGAGUCUAUUCUCCAUCUAUUAACAAGAGUAUUGGUGGUAUCAAACAAAACUGAUCUGCUGACGCACAAAAUUUUGGUUGUGCAGUGGAACUUCCCCUUCUCUCCCCUCCUUUUGGGAGAUGGUGGGUCCGGCUCCCCACAAGGUCUGAGGGACGGUGGACUGGCCCCAUCCUGAAAAAGUUUGCUGACCCCUGGCUUGGAACCUUCUCCAGGGAACAUGAGGAACAUCAGGUUCCUAACUGCAGGAAGGCCUCUGAGCUGGAUGCAGUUAGGCUCCCUCUUCAGAGAGUUAGAAAUGGAGCAGGCAUGGAUAGGGAUGUUGUGUGUGCUCCUCCCCACUUUAAGCUGACACAUGUUCAGCCAUUAAAACCUGCAGAUUCUAUCAGUGGUAAACAAACUGAACUUGGGCUGUAUUUUCCUGGGACUUAGCCCUGAAACCUGGCGCAUUGUGGAAAUGCAGCAAGUUUCUGGCCACUCACUGCAACCAGUUUGUAGAUCAGUGUAUGUUUAUGUAUAACCUGUAGCAUUUUAAUACCUAUCUGCUGUUAUAUUACCCGUCUGUCUUUUCCAGAUUUUUACCAGUUACAUUGACCUGCUAUAUCCCACAGAAGAUAGGAAUGAUCGAUUAAGAGAUUCCUAUUUCUUCACUUGCGAUUGCAGAGAGUGCAUUACUAAAAAAAAGGUGAUUGUAUUUAUUAGAGUGCACAUGCUUUAUUUAUUAUUUAGAUUUAUAGCUCGAUUUUAUAGCAAAGGCAUAGCAUUUUUUUUGUUUGGGUUCUUUACCUCAUCAUCAUUUAUUACCAUCUAAUAUUUAUAUUGUGCCUGUUAUAUGAGUCCUUAAAGCAGAUCUGUGACAUGGCUUACCUCCUGCUUCCAAUUCCCAUUGGUGCAGCUGUGUCUGGCUUAUUCAAGGUCAACCAUUUAGACUGCGGGAGUAGUGGGCUCCACAUUAGUUACUCCCGUUGGGCUCCAGCUCCAGCCAUCUCUGACUACUGACCAUGUUCCCUGAGGCUGGUGGGAAGAGGAACCCAAGAACCAUCAUGUUGGUUACUCUUUGUCAGAGCUGGUUUAGCUGCACAUCAGCGCAGAGACUCAGAGGUGAGCAGUAGAGUUGAUUCUUUAUUCAGUGAAACAGAAUACAGACAGAGAAACCUACGGGCAAGACUGGCCCCCGGUAAAUCAGUUGUCUGAACUGACAAUCUGGGCCUCCUAAGUCUCCCCUCUGUCUGGUUGUUUUCCCAGCAGACUUAAACUCCCCCUGUGCUCUUUGCUCUGCUCUGCUACAUUCAAGGCCCUCCGUGCCCUUGGAGACAAGGGAGGAGGAGGGAUGAAUAUAGUAGGACUGCUGCAAUCUAUUGCAGCCUCACCCCCUGCCUCCUCCUCAGCUGCUUGUCCUAUGUCUGCAGUGCUUUCCGUCUCCUCUUCCUCUCUCUCACUGUUGCUUGUUCUAUGAGUAUAGGGCAGUAUACAAAUUUAAUGCAUAAGCAUCAACAUCCAACCCUUCUGGCCUUCCCCCUUCAUCCUCUGACCUGUUUUCAGUGUCCCACCGCCACCCCCCAGGCUUCGAGCCUUCCUCUUCUGAGGCUUCUCGAGGGAGUUCUCCAACUGAAGCCUCCCACCACUCCUCGUCGUCCAGCCAAUCGCUGACACCCUUGCAGUAGGGCUGUGGCUGAGCGCAGUCUUACCCCCCUGUUCCCCCCAUAAAGCUUUGCCACAAUCUCUCCCUCUCUCCAGAGAGCAGAUGCAGCAUUUGGGAUGAUCAAGACAUUAACCUGAGAAAUUUGGGGAAAGGCUGUGUGUGUGUUAAGGGAACAUGUCCCAGAAAGCAGCUUGCUGGGGGAGGGGGAAUAGCCACCAUGCCAACUCCCCAGAAGGUGGGUCACCGGGAGGGAUGUUGCCGCUGUGCAAAUGCACCAACGGAGCCAAUCUGGCGUUCCUGCUGGUGCAUUCGUACUGCACCAACCUCUCCCCCACCUUGGCCUCCCCAUACAAGCAGCAGCAACCCACCCACCAGGAAUUCAGCACAGUGGCUCCACCCCCUUCUGACAGGCAGCAUUUGAGUCUCACGCCAUCCAGGGUCCAAAGCAGCCCCUUUAGUAUGUGGCAUCUUCAGGCAGUGCUUGAAAAGGUUCCUGCUUAAAGCCCUAGAGUGUCGUUGGAUAGGGAAUACUGACUCUGUAUAAUGGAGCUUCCUAUCACCCUAACAGUGUGUGGAAGACGUGGGUAGGCAACAGGGUGCCCUCCAAAUGUGGCUGGACUGAAACUCUCAUCAUCCUUGACCAACGUGGCCAUGCUGGCUGGUGGGAGUUAGAGCCCACCAACGCCAGAGAGGCAUCCAUUGGCUACCCCUGGAGAUAAUCAGUCAGGGACCCAUGCAGAUGCUACAGGGCUACCCUCAUGUCCUCUGUGAGAAACCCUGGCUAAAUUUUAUCAUGCUUUUAAGUUCUCUUCUUUUAACAGAUCCCUAUAAUCUCUCUCUCUUUCUCUCUCUCUCGCUGUGUGUGUUUUGCACAGCUAUUGUUGGUUUCUGUGUGGAUCUGCUUUUUGUCUCGGAGCUGGGGGAGGCCUUGUAACUCUCUCGCAACUCUUCCCUCAGGACAAAGAUAAACUGGAAAUCCGCAAGCUGAACGAGCCUCCAUCAGCAGAAGCAGUGCGAGAUAUGAUCAAAUAUGCCAGAAAUGUGAUUGAGGAAUUCAGGAGGGCCAAACACUACAAAUAUAUCCUUUGGUGUUCUCUUUCUCACUCGCUCUCUUUCUUAUCUGUGCUCUCUGUUUAAGCUGAACUUUAGAUUCAAUUGAGCAGCCUCAUUUUGUUGAGGCAUGUCCAAAAAUGCAAUUCCCCAGCGUCAGGCUGCUGUAUUCCUCUCUCAUCUCCCCCCACCCCACCCCUUGUUUCGUUUCUCAAGCCCAGAGUUUCUUUUCCAGCAAGUAGGUUUGGUUUCCCUUAGAGCUGCAGUAAAGCAAGGUAAAAAGUGAUUUGCAACUGCUCUGGAGUGUAAUUUUUUUGACCAACAAUGCAAGAAAGGGAGCGUGCAAAGCUCUUUAGUCUAACUCAGUAGGUGCGUGCGAGACCCUCCACUGAUUUAACAUUUCUUUGGGAUUAUUUUACAUAAUUGUGGGGUGAUUCCAGGUGGGUAAUGCAAUCCUAGCCCGGCCCAAGGAUGGUCAAAGUAACAGAGUCACCGCCACAAAUGGAGCCCUGUUGCUUCCUUCCAGUCAGAGUCGACAAUGUAGAGGGGUUUCCUCUCUAGUAGCUGAAUUGGUACAGGGUCCAACAAAUUUCAGGGUCCUAUCCUGGCAGUAGCUUUGUGCUGGAGGUCAGGCCUCCAGUGCAGUGGAGCCCCCUCAUUGGAAAUCUGUGGGUCUGAGCAGGAAUGGAAAUGGGUCCAUGCUUCAUUCUCAUUCCAUAUCUGAUGCUUCAGAGGGGCGUGCAACCCAGUGCAAAGCAAGCUGAAUAUUGCCACCCAACAGUGCCUCUGUCUCGAUGGGCUUCCGUUUCCUCAUGUUUGCCUCCAUUGUCUUAUCACUGAUCCCAGAUAGGGGUUCGGAACCUUCCUGGGAGCUGAUGAAAAUGCCAGAGAGAGACUAAGACUGAUAAUAUUUUCCCCCAAUUCCAUUAACAGUCUUAGCCAGCAGUUUCAUGUAGAUUUUACAACAUCAUGUGGGAGAAGAUGGAAUUAUGUGCUCCUUCAAAUGCCUGGGUAUAAGAGUCCACCACCUGACCGUUGAGCUAUUUGAGCUCAAGACCUCCACCCAAGAUACCUAACAAUAAUGUUUAGAUGCAGUUUGCUUCUGAAUGCCAUCUGCUAGGAACAAAUACAAAGGGCUGUCAUGGCAAAGAUGGGGCAGGCUUAUCCUCUGAUGCUCCUAGAGAGCAGUGGAAAUGGCAAGGAAACAGGUUUUUUAAGCUAAACCUCAGGAGAAAAGUCUAUACAACCGUGGAGCAAAGUGCCUCCAGAUACACUGGGCUUCCUUUGUCUAAUCAGAGGCCCAGGAAUGUCUUUCUUGCAUCCUGCAUUGCACUUCUGGAGUGGAGCAGGAACUUGGACCACAUGAGCUCUUAAGUCCCUUCCAACUUGUGUGUUUCUGCAACAGGGCAGGGCUAUACGUUUCUGUGUGGAACGCUUGUGAUUUUGCUUAAGAAGACUUGACUUUUAAGGAACAGGUGUUCAGCUGUGUAGCCCUGGAGUCAUAACUGGGCAUUCGUUCCCCACUUACUUUCUGUUCUCCUUAACUUUUGGCUUACCCCCAAGUGAACUGCUCGAGGUUUGCGAGCUUAGCUUGGACAAGAUGGGCGCUGUGUUUGUCGAGAGCAAUGUUUACAUGCUGCACAUGAUGUACCAGGCUAUGGGAGUCUGUCUGUACAUGCAAGACUGGGAGGGUGCUUUGCGCUACGGGCAGAAGAUUAUCAAACCAUACAGGUAGCGUUCCUGAAUUUUUUUGUGUAAUUUGUAUGAUGUAGUAAGCCAAAGUGUCUCUAAAGAAACACACCCACCCAAACACACCUUCACCUUCCAAUUCAAUGAACUGAUCUCAUUAAUGACUGUUUCUUGUAUAAGCCAAGCCUAGCAGGUAGAAGCAAAACAAGAUAAUUAUGUGCUUGUUAUCCCAAGAAACCAACUCCUGAAUUAUUUACAUAUUUCGGAAGCGGGGCUGUCAGCUGAUUGAAGAAUACUUAGUUGAUUGUGUGAGGUUUAAUGUUAUUUAAAUCUCCAUAUGAAUGAAAUGGUAGCUUUGAGGGGGGAAGGAAAGCAUUUUGUUGUAACUGAAUGGGAGAAGGAACAUACAAGUAUGUGUUGCAACGGGCAUAAUCUUAGAGGUAUUCCUUCCUGUGUGAUGGAAAAUGGGAAAUCCCCUUAGAAUUUUUCUAAAAUAGUCCUUGCCAGGUGCAAUUUUUAUAUGAAACAUGGUUAGCACUUUUUUAAAAGUAGGUUGUCUGGUGAUUCAGGAGAAUCAUCCUAGUUGAUAAAAUGUCUCCCCUCCCCCCGCAAGGUUAGAUUUGAUCUACCGAGAUAAAUCACUCAGUGGAGGAGGGGUUAAAUCUGCGUGGCAAUUUUUAUCUAAAUACAUAUCUUUGAACAUACUUUAUCCAAAAUAUAUGCAUAUUGGUACUUGUUCUCUGCUGGAAAAGUAGAAAAUUUGGAGAAGUGCAAAAACUGUACGUUUCUCUAGGAAUUGUAAGUGGCUCAGAAACUACAAUUAAUCCAGAAUGGGGUUUCUAGAUUAGUGACUUGGGGCAGCUGCCGGGACCAUAUAACAACAGUCCUAAAAGAUCGACAUUGACUCCCAGUUCGUUUCUGAGCACAAAUCCAACUGUUGGUGUUGACCUUCAAAGUCCUAAUUGGCUAAACCAAGAAAUCUUUAAUUAAAAAUACUUUUUAAAAAAGCCCUAAAUGGCUUCGUCCCUGUAUACCUGAAGUAGCAUCUCCACCCCCAUCAUUCAUCCUGGACACUGAGAUCCAGCUCCGAGAGCCUUCUGGCAGUUCCCUCCUUGCGAGAAGUGAAGUUACAGGGAAACAACCAGAGGGCCUUCUCGGUAGUGGCGCCCGCCCUCCCAUCAGAUAUCAAGGAGAUCAAUAAUUAUGACUUUUUGUAGACAUUUGAAGGCAGCCCUGUAUCGGGAAGCUGUUAAUGUUUGAGGUUCUGUUGUGUUCUUUUAUAUUCUGUUGGAAACAUUGCCCUGCAGCCCAUGCAGAGAGGAGCACUACCAGCAGCAUGUUAAGCCCAGAGACUGUGGCAUGGCACACCCUACCGUUGUGUGUGAGCCAGUUGCAAGGCUGCUCAACGAAUUAUCUCGGGGCAUAAUUUUCUCUCCAGCUGUGGAGUAUAAACGAACAUCUCCCUUUGAAUCAGAUGCCAGUAUGAAGUCAUAGAUCAGCUGGUGGGGAGCGGUGACUGGGAAAACACAAUGGCACAUUCUUCCCCUGGAGCCCAAAUCUGAUUUAUCACCCCGGUGAUUUGCCUAGGUUUUUGGGGUUUUUUGGUGGGGGGACUUGGAGACUGAUCUUCUAAGCUUGUUUAGGCUGGCUGCACAACCGCACUAGUAUAGCGGCAUGCUGACAUUGCAGCUGCGAGAUUGCUCUCGGGUUGCCCCUCUGCUCACCUGAUCUCUGGUCUAAGUGUGUAGUUUGCCCUGCAAAAGUAUGAGCCUCAUUUGACCAAAGUUCAUUUCAUAAGACGAUCACAAAUUGACCAUGUGUGUAUAUGUUGGCAACAGCCGGAAUGCGUUAGCAAAAAGAAAUAAAAGUGGAGCGCAGCAAUAAUUCCUUCCAUUGAAGACUAAGAGAGCAAAGUAUAUGCCUGUGGGGUUAUGUCUGAAUAAACUAACCCUGUGAGAUCAGAGUGGAAAGGCGAAGGGAACACUUUGAUAGAAUGGAAUAGUGGCAGAAUAGAGCACAUGCAGCUAUGCCACAAUUCCUUGAUUUAUUAAAAGUAAAUGGAUAAAUGUUAUUAUUACAAAGUAUUUUAUUCUUUGUGCAAUUUGUUUUAUGUUUGUCCUGUACAAUUCACACGUGUUUAAAAAGAAAACGGUAAAUCAACCAUUAUCAAUAAUUGCAUAAAAGGAAGAGCAAGAUGUGUGUCUUGGCCUGCCGAGCUGUUGCAAACAAACUUUGUAGAACUGAGGUUUCAAGUUCUGGUGAAAGCAGAUGUUGUUCCUGUUUUUCUUUUUUUGCAGUAAACAUUAUCCUUUAUAUUCCCUCAAUGUGGCCUCCAUGUGGCUGAAACUGGGGAGACUUUACAUGGGCCUGGAAAACAGACCUGCUGGCGUUAAGGCUCUCAAGAAGGUAUCCUCCCCUCCCAGCCCCUUAGAUGCCCUUAUGACAUGCAUAUAAAUGUUUCACUUGGGUAGAAAUUCUGAACUGCCUUUGCAUUGCUAUAGUACUUAAUUUUCCAGCCACCUUCUACAUCUUCCUGAAUUGGCAAAAUGAAAGUCCUCUUCCCAUUCCAAAAUGUUCAUUUUAGAACUCAAAUCUAUGGAUAGUACUUUUGCUCCUACCUUUGAUGCCCCGAAUCUCCUUCAAUUAAGGUGGCAGCAACCAGCAGUUCAAUUUAAUUGGUACACACGGUUUUCCCAACAGGAUCCGUCACUGAAAAGUCACUCUCAGUUUCUGUGGUUUUGUGUACAAUCAAGAGCUGUUCAGAAACUGAAUGUUCUUGGCUCUGAUGGAAGCUGGCAUAUGGCACAAAGCAGAUUGCAUUUCAGUAGCUAUCUUGAAUGUUAGUGCAUAUGGUAGUCAAAAUAUUUUUUCCCCUGUAGCUGGAAAACCUUGUUAGGUGGGGUGGGGGUGCAGGCAGUGUAUUGAUCGGUUGUGGAGGGUUUUGGUUUGGCCUCCCUUUCCUCACCUUCACCUUGCAAGGGCUUUGCUGUGGAGCCCUCUCUAUACUGACAGACCUGUGAGCAUUAGUUGGUAGGGCAUCCCUAAGCCUCCUCUCCUCUCCCCUCUCCUUGGGAGUCCUCUGGACAGCUGUUGCCACCACCGUUGGUCUCUGAGCUGCCCCUCCCUGCCCCAAAGAGAGGUGCCUCCUCACACUGCCCCACAGGGGCCUCGGACUUGUCUGUCCAUUCCCAACAGCAAGGGCUGGCUGGCUGGGCUCCCUUGCUUGCUUGCUUGCUUGCUUGCUUUCUCUGAGGCUGCCUCAGCUUCUGGCAACCAGUACCCCCUGACCAGUCCCAGAGGCGCCUGGGGAGCUUAUAGCCAGGGAUGCCGCAACAAACAGCUGUGCAAGCCUUUGGGAGGCAGAGACGCAAGAGGGCAUCAGAGGAGGGAAGGAAGGAAAGAAAGAGGGACAGAGGCCAGUGUUGCCCACAACACCCCUGACCAUCAUUCAAGGCAGCCCAGGGUGCCACGGCACACUGGUUGAAAACCACUGCCCUAAAGCAAAGAAGGAAAAAACAGCUGGAUUUUCUACAUUGACCUAGAAAUGGUGUUGUUGAGCUUUGCCAGUGAAUCCUAGGCUUGCUGUGCACAGCUUCCUUAAUUUUUUAGUUACCUUAAUUCAAAAAGUUAGGGAUGGCUAAAACAUGCUUCUGCUGCACAGGUGUGCAGCAUCAAAAGGAGGAUUCAGGCAGACCAUUUCAAAAUAGCAUGUAAAGUAUUAAUUUACAGUGCAAUCCUGUACAUACCAAUGUAGAAGUAAGUCCCAUUAAGUUCAUUAGAACUUACUCUAGGUAAGUGGGUACAGGCAACGACCGAUUUGCACGGGGGUUCUGUUCUUGAUCCCCAUGUACAUUGAUGGAGCACGCAUAAGCCUGCUCCAUCCCAUUAUGCCUCACUCCACCCCCUUUUCCAGCCACUUCCGGGUUGCUGUGAUGCAUGCGGUCAGAGUUGCAUGUGAGUUGGUCGUUGCCUGUAUAGGGUUGCAGCCUUGGCUACAAACUUUAUUUUGGAGUUGAAGACCAAAGUAGUGCAACACAGGCUUGAAAUGCAGAUCCCAAUAAGUCGCCUCAGUGCCACUGGUUCCAGGCAACUGGGCAACUAAGCUUCAACUUCUUUCUGAAUGCUGUGGCUGUUGCGUCAUAAACUCGGGGGGAAAUUGGGUAAAGGAGGACCAGCAAAGGGCGAUGCUGGAGGAGAUACAUGGAGGGUUGUGGUCAUCCCAGUUAAUGGCUAAACCAUCACCCUCUCCCAUUGACCAUCCAGACUCCAUCUUGCUUUCGAGUACAAGCAGGCCCAAAUUCUGCUCGAAGCAGCUCCGUUUGAGAGUCAUCUUCUGGUUAAGUUUAGAACAGAAAGGCAGAUACAAUGUCGUUUAACUUUUUGCUUGUCUGUGCCUUUCAAAAGAGUUUGGAGAUCUCUUAGGAUCAAAAGGUGCUGUGUAUAUAAUAAGGUUUGAUUCUUUACAAUCAAAUGGGCUGUUUUCAGUUGGGUACAUUUAAGGGGACAAAAACCAGUCAGAGGUUUCUGACUCUUUGGAAUCCCUGACGAGAACAUUUCAUAAACCAAGGCUGUCUGAAUCAAUUGUAUUUUUUCUCUCCCUCUUUCGCAGGCAAUUGCCAUCAUGGAGAUAGCACAUGGGAAAGAUCAUCCAUACGUUAUAGAGAUCAAAAAGGAAUUAGAGGCCCACUGAGUCUUUGAAUCUAUGCAAUCCUUCAACCUUUCUUUAAAAGCCUUGCUAUGGAAACUUCAGGAGUGCUUUGAAAAUUGACAUGGGAUGAAAGCUUUUCUGUAAAAUAAUUGGAAUGACAAACAUGUGGUGCACCCGGGCCUUACCUCUUGCAUUCUCUGAGGUUGAUGUGAAAUAUCUUGAGCCUUGAUGAAUUAAUUUUGAAUGCUUUUUCCCCACUAAGGAAAUGCCACGGUUUCAUACAGCUAAUGCCUUUGAUUGAUCAUGUGCAGAGAUGACCAAUUCUUUUCUCUACAGAUUUUAAUGUACUAUGUAUCUUAGCCAUGCAAAGCAAUUAAUUAAAAUGGGACAGCCUUGCUUGAGCCUG